AUGUCGUCCAUUCCUCUCGAGGAUAUCAACGAACCAUUUAUAGAGCCUGGUCCUGGUUCUGAUAAUAUCGAUGGGCCUGACUUCAAGUACUUAGCGACCUUACCACCGAACCAAAAAUAUACGGUUCAGUUCAAUGGCCAGGAGGUCUACAUGGACUCCGUGGACUGGAGGGAUAGCAAGCUUUUGAAAUCUCAAGUGCUUGUUGCAUUUCUGACUUUCGUCUUGUUCGGAUUAGCAGAGCAGACCAUCGGUGCCAUCAUCCCUCGGCUUCAGGAACACUAUGAGAUCAAUGACUUGGAAACGUCGUUUAUCUUUUUAGCAUCUACUGCUGGCUACUUCAUCCUGGCAUUGUCAUGUGAGUUCUUUCAAAAACGUUUUGGCGUCAAAGGUGUCGGCACGAUCGGCACUGCUUCCAUGACAUUGGCCUAUCUUGUGAUAAGCUUCCACCCUCCAUUCCUGAUCUUCAUCUUGUGUUUCAUCUUCAAUGGUAUUGGCUUUGGAAGCUUGGAUGCUAGUAUCAAUGGCUGGGCUGGUGGUAUUGCCGACUCAAACCAGAUUCUAGGUAUAGUCCAUGGAUGCUACGGUUUAGGAUGCAUGAUUUCUCCUCCGCUAGUGACGAAGCUCAUGGAACGGAAACACAAUCCCUGGCAAUGGAGCCAUUACUACGUGGUGCUUAGUGUCAUUGGAGCGUUUAAUUUGAUCUGCUUCACGAUCUCUUUCCACUACGAAACGGCGUCAAAGCACCGCUUCAAUGUCAUUUUGAAAGAAAUGAAGAGGAAUCUUGCUGAUAAGGACCCUGAAUUUGAGAUCGGUUCAGGCGACGAAUCGGUCGAUGAGGGCGCUGACGUUUCCUUUGGCGAUGCUCUCAAAUCUAAGCUUGUCUGGGUGUUUGCCAUUUGUCUAUUCAUCUAUGUCGGCGGUGAAGUCGCUUUUGGCGCUUGGCUCAUGACAUUUUUGAUUAGAAUCAAAGAGCUCAGCUAUAAAUAUUCCUCAUGGAUGGCCACAGCAUUCUGGGUCGGUUUGACGGUAGGAAGAAUUGUCCUAGGUUUCGUCACUGCCGCUGUCUUUAAUAGCGAGCUCACAGCGAACUUGGCGUACAUCUUGGCCUCCAUGAUCGGCUAUUUGGUAUUCUGCCUAUUUGCUUUCGCCAAAACGAACUGGAUCUUGUUCCCAAUCGUCUUCUUGACAGGCCUUUUCGUGGGACCAAUCUUCCCCACUGUUAUCGUUGCCUCUAUUGAAAUCUUACCUCACAGGUACCAUGCAACUAGUGUGGGCUUUAUCUGUGCUUUUGGUGGAGGAGGAGCGGCAGCUCUCCCAUUCCUCGUUGGAGUUGCUGCUGAGCAUAGCAAGUUUGGUAUGAAAUUGCAUCCUUUCAUCGUGCUUGCCUUGUACGUUAUCCUUUUCGUCAUGUGGGCUGCCAUUUGUAAGCGUUAUGCUGGUCAUAAAAGGAGGGGCGUACUUUAA